GAUGGCCGCGGGAUAUUUCAGUUUGUUUCCAAACGGUCGUCGCGUAUCGUGAAGAUUUGUACUGUGUGUGAUUAUUUAUUUCUUCAACAGAUAUUUUUGCUACCUCUUCGCACUUUUCUGUCUGUAAUAAAUCAGGCUCGUUAUUUUCGGAGUACGCAUCUCUGUCAACUGUUGAUAAAAUGACGAUUGACAGUCAGGACCGAAUCGGUGAACCGCUCUACAUCGGAGAUGGAAAUCUUUCACUUUUUUGGACAUAUUCCUACAGUGGUUUUUUAAUGGCUGUCUGCGGAUUAUUACUGGGAGCUAUAUGGCUAUCAAAGGGAGUUCAAGAUUGGCGACAUAGACGUUUGAAGUUUCUGAAAUUAGCGGCAAAGUUGCCGGGACCACCGGCGCUUCCUCUAAUUGGGAACGCGCUGCACGUUGCCUGCAGUUCCAAUGAAGUUCUACAUAGGAUCGUGAACCUUUGCAAGAGCUACGAUUCACCGUAUCGAUUCUGGCUGGGACCAAAACUUUACGUAGUCGUAACGAAACCCAGCGACAUUGAAGUGAUUCUAACUAGUAAUAAAGCAGCGUACAAAGACGACGUCUACCGUUACCUGGUGCCCUUCAUAGGGCAGGGUCUGAUAUCGGGAUCAGGUCCUACGAACAGAACUCACAGAAAAGUGAUCAUGCCAAUGUUGAACGGAAAGGUGAUUGAUUCGUACGUUGAAUACUUUGAUCGUCAGAGCCGUUGUUGCGUUGAAGAAUUGGAGAAACUUGUAGAUACUGAUGAGUUUGACAUCCAUCCAUUCAUCGAACAUUGCACUAUCGACAUUAUUUUGGAAACCAUAAUGGGCACUCCCGGUACAACGCAGCAGUAUCAAGGAUAUAAACAUCUGGUCGAAGCAAACAGGAGUAUGUACAAGAUCAUUCACGCGAGGAUGUUGAAGCUGUGGUUACAUCCGGAGUGGAUCUUUGCGCGCACUAAAUACAGCGAAGAGCAAAAUUCGGCGAUGGAAGUGAUUCAGGAGUUUACUGAAAACCUCCUCGAUCGAAAGCGAAAAGAGCAUCACGCUGUGGAAAGGGGUUCCGUGAUAACCGAUAGACCUCGACUGAUGUUACUAGAGCAGCUGAUAGCUCAUGUUGAGCAGACCAACCUCAUGAACGACGUACAACUCAGAGAUGAAGUAUACACAUUAUUCACAGCGGCACAAGACACUACGACCGUUAUCAGUUCUUUCGCAUGUCUGAUGCUCGGUAUGCACUCAAAAGUUCAGGAUAAGGUACGCGCAGAGCUUCGUGAAGUGUUGGAUGAAAAUACUCUGACUGCGGAAGACCUGCCCAAACUGACGUACCUCGAGAUGGUUAUCAAAGAAACUCUUCGUCUCUUUCCUAUCGGGCCGAUAAUCGCGCGUAAACUGAUGGGCGAAGUAGACAUGGAAACAUGUACAUUGCCAGAGGGUUGUUCAGUCGCAAUAUUCGCAUACCAAACCCACCGAGAUCCGAGGUACUGGUCGAAUCCCGAUAAAUUUGAUCCGGACAGGUUCUUAGCGGAAAAUUCAGUGGGCAGGCAUCCCUACGCGUACAUACCGUUCAGCGGUGGUCUGAGGGGUUGCAUCGGACAAAAGUAUGCCAUGAUGUGUGUGAAAACUAUCAUGGCAAAUAUCGUACGAAGAUAUCGAUUGAAUUGCAACGGUUCUUUGGAAAGCCUUAAGCUGACGACUGACAUAUCCAUUCGGUCGAUCGAUGGCUAUAAAAUAUCGAUCACCAGAGUUUGAUAUCCGAAAUAUCUUACAGUAAAUGAUCAUGAAAUGAUGAUGGAGAUAUUAGUUGAAGGCAUUACCCACCAUCUUGUGAUUGCACAUUUUCGAAGAGCGUGUGGCGCAUCUAAUUCCAAGCAUGUAUCGGCUUCCGGUUGUAAAGUGUAUAUAAGGUACUGGAUUCCAUGUAGAUAUAGUUUCGGUGUAAAACAUAAGCAAAUAAAAAAGAAAGAUAUUGAUA